AUGGAAGAUCCAGAAAGACUAAGGAGGCUAUAUAUGCUUGCUAUAGCCCAGCAUGAAGUAGAUGUACUGUACUUGAACAUAGCUGAACACAUCGAGGGACCUCGCCCGCAGAGAAGAAGACCCCGACGAAGACGACAGUGCUGGACUAAAUCAUGGAUAUUAAGGCAUCAAGAGUUUGGUCUGUACGACCUACUCAUGGUUGAGCUUCGCCAGGAAGAUGUCAGUACCUUCACGAACUUCAUGCGCAUGCCACCUGAAAUAUUUGAUGAGAUGCUUGGACGUGUCAGAGGCAGAUUGACAAAGCAGCACACCUUUUACCGAGAGCCCCUCGAACCUGGCCUGAAACUGGCGGUGACACUGCGACAUUUGGCUUCUGGAUCUAAGUAUGCUGACAUGAAGUUUGGGUGGCGCGUUCCAUCCAACACAAUCUCCGUCCUUGUCCGUGAAGUGUGCCGGGCGAUCGUUGACGAGUAUCUGGAUGAUGUGAUGACCCCUCCAAGCACUCCUGAAGCCUGGCGUGAGAUUGCCAACCAGUUCAUGACAAGGUGGAACUUCCCUCAUUGUUGUGGUGCCCUUGACGGCAAACAUGUUGCCUGCAGAUGCCCUAACUCUUCAGGAUCAACCUACUACAACUACAAGGGAUUCUAUUCUGUGGUGAUUAUGGCCCUAGUGGACGCAGAUUACAAGUUCAGCUGGGCAGAUGUUGGUGGGAAAGGAGCAGCAUCCGACGCACAAAUCUAUAACGGGUCUGAGCUGAAAGAAUGCAUCGAUGAUGGCUCCACUGGCUUCCCACCAGCUGAACCCCUGCCCAACGACAACGAGGAUGUGCCGUACUACCUAAUCGGUGACGACGCGUUUGCCUUGAGGUCUAACAUGAUGAAGCUGUAUUCGCACCGUGGUAUGAGCGACGACGAUAGGAUCUUCAACUACAGGCUGUCAAGGGCACGUCGUGUGGUCGAGAAUGCCUUUGGCAUCCUUGCCAAUAGGUUCCAGGUUCUCCUCACCACUAUGAACCAUGCUCCCGCAACCGUAAGGCUCAUCGUUACCACGUGCCUGUGUUUGCACAAUCUCAUUCGUAUGAGGUAUCCACGUCAGCAGAACAUUCGCAUGGACCGUGAGGACGAUAAUCAUCAAGUAAUUCCUGGACAUUGGAGAACACAGCUCAAUCUGGAGGACAUCGUCAAUGUCAGAGGGCCUAACGUGGACAACAGACAGGGGAAGCGCCAGAGGGACCUCCUGAAACACUGGUGCAACUCAGAGGCUGGUGCUGUUCCAUGGCAAUUGGAUAUGAUAUGA